AUGAGGCGUGGUAGUGCGUCUUCAAGACAAUUUGGUUGCUUUAACCACUACUCGGCUUGCUACCUACCCUCGUUUGUCUGGCGAACAACUACAGCCAAAGUAUUGUCCACGCCAACUAAUGAAGCGACAGCUGAUACCAAAGAUCUCUUUUACAGCGCACUGGAGGACUUGUUUCGCUUCACCAGGCCCACCGACCUCAUCAUUUGCCUGAGCGACUUUAACGCGGUAACAGAUUAUUUUUGGAAAAACUUAAUCAACAUGAGUGUUGGACAAAAGCGGUUGAGUGGUCCUGCUGCAGAAAAGAAGCACAAAAAAGUAGAAAAAAACGUGAAGCAGUAG